AAUGAGUAGAGAGAAGCCCGUUGUGUUAGUUUGGAAUGUGAAAGUGAAGCCUCAAAAAAAACACAACACAACGAGUAGAUCCAGAAAGAGCGUUGAAACAUUGAACCUUUUGAAUGAGUUGGACGGUUUCGCAGAAAUUGACGUUUGAAUUGUAGUCGCACGCACGUUUCAUCAUCCUCUCGCAAUCGCCAAUACUCCGAUCCCCAACCAGAGAAAACCUAAGCGAACAACAACAUGAGUGGUGACGCCCCACCCCAAACCCAAGCCACCAACACCAAACCGGAAGAAUCUCAAUCUCAAUCUCAAUCUCAAUCUCAGUCUCAGCCUCAGCCUCACUCCGGCGAUUAUGCUCCAUACCCUAAACUGGACCCCACCGAUGUUGCGCCACCACAACAACCACUGAACACUGAAUCUCGCGCUCCCAUUUCCGAAGAUGCUGCCACUACUAUGCCCAAAGACUCCAAUCCCUAUGUCACUCCUGCUCCCGUUACUGCUUCUUCUACCAAGACUACUUUAGAUUCGGUGAAAGACGUUCUCGGGAAAUGGGGGAAGAAAGCCGCCGAGGCCACCAAGAAGGCCGAGGAUUUCGCCGGCAACAUGUGGCAGCACUUGAAAACGGGACCGAGUUUUGCUGAUGCUGCCGUGGGGAGGAUUGCUCAGGGAACUAAGGUUCUUGCAGAAGGAGGGUAUGAAAAGAUCUUUAGGCAAACAUUUGAGACAGUUCCGGAGGAGCAGCUUCUCAAAACUUAUGCAUGCUACUUGUCUACCUCGGCUGGACCUGUGAUGGGAGUCUUAUAUUUGUCAACGGCUAAGCUGGCAUUUUGUAGUGAUAACCCACUUUCUUACCAAGUGGGUGACCAGACUCAAUGGAGCUAUUAUAAGGUGGUCAUUCCAUUGCACCAGCUGAGAGCUGUAAACGCAUCCACAAGCAAAACCAACCAAUCUGAAAAAUAUAUACAGAUUAUCUCUGUUGACAACCAUGAAUUUUGGUUUAUGGGCUUUGUGCACUAUGACAGCGCUGUUAAAAAUAUUCAAGGAGCAUUGCAGCCUCAUUGACAAACAAGGGAUUGAAAAGCACCAUGUAUUGUUUAUACCAAAGAUGAGGUUUGUGUUGAUAAAUUAUCCAUCCAUCAAAGAAACAUUUAUAUGUUUAUCUUUACGUGGUUAGUUCGCUAGUCUAGUUUGUGGAGCUGUUAUUAUUGUAUUAAAAUUGAAACUCAUUCAGUGUUCACAUGAUAUAUUUGUUUUACCUUGUUGCUUUCUGAAAGCGAGAGUCAAUUGAUUUGUUGUAAGUUGAAUUGAUAUAUAGACGGUGGAUUUACAUUUAAAUCUAUUAAAUUAUCUAUU